AUGGACAGGCUCAUAAGAGUAGACCCAUCAAACACAGUCCCAAUAAGAGUUGAACCAGGCCAAAAAUGCCACGGUGAAAUCACCCUACGCAAUGUUAUGUACACCAUGCCAGUGGCAUUCAGGCUUCAACCACUAAUCAAAACCCGUUAUACAGUGAAACCCCAAUCAGGAAUCAUAUCCCCCUUAGCCACACUGACCAUAGAGAUCCUUUACCACCUCCCACAAGGCUCCAAUCUCCCUCACUCUUUCCCUCACUCAGAAGACUCUUUCCUCCUCCACAGUGUAGUAGUUCCUGGCGCUACCAUCAAAGAACCUUCCUCUAUGUUCGAAUCUGUCCCCAGCGACUGGUUCACCCCAAAAAAGAAACAAGUGUUCAUUGACAGUGGCAUCAAAGUUAUCUUCGUUGGGUCACUCAUUCUUGCCCAACUAGUCUCACACGGUUCCAUGGAUGAAAUCAGAGAAGUGCUCGAACACAGUGACCCAUCAUGGAAACCCGUUGACUCCGUUGACCCACAAGGCCACACACUCCUCCACUUAGCCAUUUCACAAAGUAGACCAGACCUCGUUCAGCUACUCCUAGAGUUCAAACCGGACAUAGAAGCCACAAACCGUUCUGGCUCUACACCACUUGAAGCAGCAUGUUCUUCAGGAGAAGCAUUAAUAGUUGAGCUUCUCUUAGCUCACAAGGCCACAACAGAACGAACAGAAUCAUCCCCUUUAGGACCAAUUCACCUUGCAGCAAGAGAAGGACACGUGGAGAUUCUCAGGUUGAUCUUACUCAAAGGUGCUAAAGUUGACUCACUCACAAAAGACGGAAACACAGCGUUACACCUUGCAGUUCUAGAAGGUAAAAGAGAGUGCGUUAAACUCUUGCUAGCAAACGCUGCAAGAACGGAUAUUCGUAAUUCAAGAGACGGUGACACCCCUUUACACAUAGCAGCAACAAGCGGGGAUGAGAACAUGGUCAAGCUUUUGCUCCAAAAGGGUGCAAACAAAGACGUGAGAAACAUGUUGGGUAAAACAGCUUAUGAUGUUGCGGCGGAGAAUGGACACGUGGGCAUCUUCGAUGCGCUGCGUUUUGGGGACAGUUUGUGCGUUGCGGCGAGGAAGGGUGAGGUGAGAAGCAUUCAAAGGUUGAUUGAGAGUGGUGCAGUUGUGAAUGGGAGAGACCAACAUGGGUGGACUGCGUUGCAUAGAGCGUGCUUUAAGGGCAGAAUUGAUGCGGUUCGUGCUCUGUUAGAGAAAGGGGUUGAUGUGGAUGCCAAGGAUGAAGAAGGGUACACUGCGUUGCAUUGUGCAGUGGAAUCAGGGCAUGCGGACGUGGCAGAGCUUUUGGUUAAGAAGGGUGUGGAUGUUGAGGCCAGGACGAACAAGGGUGUCUCUGCUUUGCAGAUCGCUGAGUCACUGCACUAUGUUGGGAUCACUAGGCUGCUGCUUCAUGGUGGGGCUUGUAGGGAUACUCUGGGACACGUGGCGGAGUCCCAUGGUAGGGUGGUUCCUGCUGUGGAGAUGAAGAUGAUGAUGAAGAAGAAGGUGGGAAGAACAAGAGAAAUUCGGGGUAGCUUUGAUCGUUCCACUCCUUUGGCCGUGCUCUAA